AUGCUGGCAGCGGUUGUAGCCCAGCUGAUGCCACCUCAGGCUGCAGCUCUUGCCAUCAGGUAUGCAUCCAAGAAGACAGGUGGCAGCUCCAAACACCUUGGUGGAAAGUCACCAGGUGCUCAUGUGGGGCUGGGGAAGAAGUAUCUGUAUGCCCUGGAGAAGGGGGUCGUUGGUUACACUAAGGAGGUCUUCAUGCCCCACCCCAACAACGUGGAGGCUGUGGAUCUGUCACUCAGGCUGCCCAAGGGCACUGUGGUUCCUGCCAAGCCUGAGGGUAUCUUCAAACUGGUAGCUCUGCUUUGA